AUGAGUAACAACUCGACAUGCAUCCAGCCCUCCAUGGUUUCUACCACAGCUUUACCCAUCACUUACAUGUUUUUGUGUGUUGUUGGUCUCUUUGGAAACUCACUUGCUCAAUGGGUAUUUUUAACAAAAAUAGGUAAGAAAACAUCAACACAUGUCUACCUGACAAACCUUGUGACUGCAAACUUACUUGUGUGCACAGCCAUGCCUUUCAUGGGUACCUAUUUCUUGAAGGGUUUCUACUGGAAAUAUCAAUCUGUACAAUGCAGACUGGUCAAUUUUUUGGGAACCCUAUCUAUGCAUGUAAGCAUGUUUGUCAGCCUCUUAAUUUUAAGCUGGAUUGCCAUAAGCCGUUAUGCCACCUUAAUGAAAAAGGAAUCCUUGCAAGAGGCCACCUCAUGCUACGAGAGAAUGUUCUAUGGUCACUUACUAAAAAGAUUUCGCCAGCCCAACUUUGCCAGAAAAAUGUGCACUUACAUCUGGGGAGUUGUGCUGGUCAUAAUUAUUCCCAUUAUCCUAUACUACUCAGUUGUAGAGGCUACAGAAGAAGGAGAAGGGCAGUGCUACAAUCGGCAGACGGAACUGGGAGCCAGCAUCUCUCAGACUGCGGGCCUCAUUGGAACCACAUUUAUUGGAUUCUCAUUUUUAGUAGUAGUGACAUCAUAUUAUUCUUUUGUCAGCCAUCUGAGAAGAGUAAGGACCUGUACCUCCAUUACAGAGAGAGAUUUGACCUACAGAUCUGUGAAAAAACAUCUUUUGAUCAUUCAGGUCCUCUUAGUUGUUUGCUUUCUUCCAUAUAGUAUAUUUAAACCCAUUUUUUAUGUUCUGCACAAGAGAGGAGACUGUCAGCAGCUGAACUAUUUAAUAGAAGCAAAAAAUAUCCUCACUUGUCUUGCAUCAGCCAGAAGUAGUACAGAUCCCAUUAUAUUUCUUUUAUUAGAUAAAACAUUCAAGAAGACACUAUAUAACCUCUUUCCAAAAUCUUAA